AUGACAACAGAGUAUUUCCCCAACAGGGAACUCGAGGCUCCGAAGCAGAGCGUACCGGGGCUGCAGCCCGUGUAUCAGCAUCAAGCACCGUCUACAGCAGCUGCAGGGCAGACGAGGAAGAAAUACACCUGCGAGGCAUGCGGAAAACUCUUCCAAAGGUUAGUCUCGUCGUAUUAUUGCUUCAGAUCUACGUUGCUGACCGCAAUUGCCAACUUUGCUGCCUGCAGGCCAAGCAGCCUUCGGAAUCAUAUGACAUCGCAUUCCGGCGAAAGACCCCAUGGGUGUCCGUAUCCGGGCUGCAACAAGCGUUACUCGACGAGAUCAAACAUGCAGCGCCAUGCCACUGUCCACGCAAGUCCAGGCACCGCCACUCCAUGCUCCGUUGGCGUGCCUUGUGUUGUCUCCGAGCCGAUGCCUGACGGAAGUUGGAGCCUAGCGUCCUCGCACGCCGGCCGAUAA